CUCGUAUUAAGGUGGAGGAGAGGACUCUGUGGUAGACGAGAGGAAGCUGUGGAUGUUGUGUUGUCACUCUCAGUGAAGAUGUCGGGCCACGAUCAUCUCUCCUUCUGUCUGUGUGAUUUAAUCAGGUUGCUGUGGUCUCUGCUGUUACCCUGUUUCUGCCUGUGCCUUGUUCUUACGGGGUUGCUGUUCCUGCUGAUCGUGGGAGUGCGGGCGUGGCUCCAGUCCAACAGGAAAGCACGGAGAGCUCGCGAUAGACGGCCUGCAGUCGCAUUCUUCCACCCAUAUUGCAACGCUGGAGGUGGAGGAGAGAGAGUGCUGUGGUGUGCUAUAAGAGCCCUGCAGAAUAGGUACCAAGAUGUGGAUUUUGUAGUCUACACUGGAGACCAGGGUGUGACAGAUGAGCAGAUUCUGAAUGGCGCCCGUCGCCGAUUCAAUAUCCGUCUACCACGGCCUGUCCGCUUCAUCUUCCUGAAACAUCGCCUUCUAGUGGAAGCCAGUCUGUAUCCGCACUUCACUCUGCUGGGUCAGAGUAUUGGCUCGCUUUUCCUGGGCUGGGAGGCGCUCACAUCCUUCACUCCGGACCUGUACAUUGACUCCAUGGGCUACGCCUUCACCCUGCCUGUGUUCCGCUACCUGGGCGGCUGCAGAGUAGGCAGCUACGUCCACUACCCCACCAUCAGCACGGACAUGCUCUCUGUGGUCCGGGAGAGGAACCCCAGGUUCAACAACGCAGACUACAUCACCAGUAACCCUGUGCUGAGUGCCCUGAAGGUGGUUUAUUACUGUGCCUUUGCGCUGCUAUAUGGGCUGGCCGGCUCUUGCAGCGAUGUGGUCAUGGUCAACUCCACCUGGACGCUGGGCCACAUCCUUGCCCUUUGGCGCGCCCCCAAUCGCACCAGCGUGGUGUAUCCACCCUGCGACGUCCAGGCGUUCCUCGACAUCCCUCUGGAGGAUGAAGAGGAACAGGAUGCGGGUAAGAAGUGCCACUCCGUGGUGUCGGUAGCCCAGUUCCGGCCAGAGAAGGACCACCAGCUACAGAUCAGGGCCUUCCGGAAACUUCUGAACGGGAAAGAGGCGGAGCCUGGAGGGAGGGAGUCUGUGAAACUGGUGCUGAUUGGAGGAUGUCGGAACCAGGAAGAUGAGGACAGGGUGCUGAUGCUGAGGGGGCUGUGCCAAGAGCUGGGUGUGGGUGACAGAGUGGAGUUCAAACUCAACAUUCCAUUUGAGGAGCUGAAGAAGGAAUUGGUGGAGGCUACGAUCGGCCUGCACACCAUGUGGAACGAACAUUUUGGCAUCGGUGUGGUUGAGUGCAUGGCUGCAGGGACAGUCAUCCUGGCCCACAAAUCUGGUGGGCCCAAGCUGGACAUUGUGGUACCACACGAUGGUGGUCCAACAGGCUUUCUGGCUGAUGAUGAGGACAGUUAUGCUGAGGCCAUGGAGCGGAUCCUCAGCCUGACACCCAGUGCACGCCUGGACAUCCGGAGAAGAGCACGGCAAUCAGUCACACGCUUUUCUGACCAUGAGUUUGAGGCAUCUUUCCUGGCAGCAGUGGAGCCACUGAUGGGCACUCUGGAGCGAUGAGGGCUGGAGAGUCUGAAGGGACUUUAUAUUCCCUGCUAACAGCUCAUGAAUACAGACUUACUGUAGACUCUUUCGCAUAUAAUCCAUAACGUUCAUGAAAGUUAAGACCAGAGCACGGCUGAGCCAACAAACACCAACAGACAAUCUAAUGUUAGCAGUUGUUUUAUAAUGUUUAGAAAAUGGGAAUGUAGAAGACAUGGAGAACGCUCAAUGGGAGCAAGAUGUUCUAGAAAUGUGUGAAUGGAGCCGGAACAUUCUAGAACAGUGUUUGUUAAUUGAGCGUUUUGUAGUAAGGCUUCAAUGUUUAGUUGUCAACAUUUGUUUGGGUGGGGGUUGGGGGAGUGGCAAUGGGGCCAUUCUAGAACAGUGUAAAAAGAAGUCUAGAAUGGUAUAAAUGAGGGAGAAUGUUCUAGGACAGGUUUAACAGAGGAGGUGGCAUUCUAGGUAUUAGUUGAAAACAUUCUACAACACCAUGAAUAGGUAAUGACAUUCUAGAACAGGGUGAAUGGGCAAGGACAUUCAAGAACUGCAUGAAUGGGGAAGAACAUUGUAGAACAAGAUAAAAGGGUGAAAUUCUAGACCAUGUAUGAAUGGGUGGGUUAACAUCCAAGAACAGUGUGAAUUGUGAAGGACAUUCUAGAACUGUGAAUAGUAGGAGGACAUUCUGGAACAGUGAGAAUAAGGGAGAACAUUGUAGAAUCUUGUAAAUGAGAUGAGAACAUUCUGUAAUGGUGUGAAUAGGGGUGGGGCGGGGCUGGGGGGUUAUGUAAAUUCAGCAUCGACAAACAGGUUUAUGUUUGUCGGUGUUUGUUUGUUUUGGUGUGCUCUGGCCUUUAGCCAGUAUCUACCUAUAGACCCAACAUUCCUGUAGAUUCUAGAAAAGACUUUCAUCAUUCUGCUUCUAGAAUACAUGCAAAUCCAUGUGGAUUUUAUUUGUGGAAAAAUUGUUGCGUCCCUAUUGAAUUGUGGGAAAUGCAGUUCAGAAGAAAACCUGCAGGGGGUGUGUGGAGUAAUACCAUGAACAGUAAUUGAUACAAAUUCCCCUGCAGUUACAAAAGAACAGACAAAGUGCUGAAACACUCUUAUAAUAGAGGCCAAUGGGCAGUUGCCGAAUUCCGUCUUUUAAUAAGAAGUAUAUUUGUAGAACACUUUCAUGCAUUCAUGUCAGGCUGUAAAUCUGUACUAUUUGCUCUUUCAGAGAGAAGACUGGCCAGCACAGUGGUGUGGCCAGAGGUUUCACAGGCUCCUUCCUGGUCAGCAUGAAUACUUUAAAAUAGCAGGGGCUGUGUUUUAUGAAACAACUGCUGGAGGAUCCCUUUCAAGGAGCUGCCUAAUCACCAGAUCUGUUUCAUAGUAUGUACAAAACCCACCAUUAGCCAUUCUAACAGAAUCUGGUCGUGGAUCAACUGUACAGGGGCGCAGUGGAAUGCAGGGAAAAGUUGACUGACCUAGUCUCGAGUCUAGUGCACACAAACUGCAAACAAACAAAUGGACACUGUUUUGUCUCAGAACACAGUCCUACCUGCUGCUGCUGUAAUGCUGGUCUUUAUAUGUAUUUUCUUUAUAUCUGGUCUUUAUAUUUUUUUCUCUGCCUUAUGCUUAAUUUGUUCUUGCUCCAAUUUCCAUCAGAGGCUGCUCACAGCAGUUCUUCCGUAACUUAUUAUAGGGCGCCUGCCUAAUAGUGAUUUACCUAUUAGUUUCCACCUUUUUGAUUUCUCCUUGAGGAAAAGUUUAAAGCAUUUUGCAGAUGUGGUUUGAAACACUGUGGUUUAUCACUGAAAACAAUCUGAAUGCGAAUGUUUCUUGAUAGAAAAGUCGUUUACAAUAGAAUGUUUACAAUAAAUUAUAUAAGUCUG